UGUUAUUGUUGAGCAACAGAAGUUAGGUUACAACAAGCAGAGUCUAUCCUUGGCCAACUCGUAUGGCAUCUCUCAACCCACUGUUGUUGGUUCAAACACCACACACUCCGCCUCUUAUAUAUGACGCAGCCAUCUUCUCAAGUCGUCAAUACUACUCACACAGGCAAUCAAAAAUGCAGCCCUGUGUCCCGAUCCGAACAACCUCUCGGAAUACGUGUAGCAAGAUACUAAGCCAUAUUCGAAUUUUGAUUAUAUAUACUCCGCGUCGUUCAUGUCAUGAAUUUAGGGCCGUAGUCAUUCUUGAGAUUGCCUCCAGACUCUAACAGCGCGGUCGUCUUCUAUCAUUCACCAUUAUACCAACCUGCUAAUAUGGAACCUGUUGAAGUGCCUAGCGUGUCAAUAACCAAAUCUCUCGGAGCAAUAAUAUUUCUGAAUAUUGUUGCGGGUUGUUUUGUCGCUUCACGCAUUGCAGCAAGUUGUAGCCGCGGGAAUAGGAGUUUAUCUAUUGACGAUUUUCUUUCACUCGUCGCCCUUAUUCUACUCUCUUCCUAUUCCGCAGUAACUUAUACUUUUGAGUUGCCAACUGGCUCACAAGUGGAAAACAUGCCAAUUACUACUAUAGACUAUGUACUACGUCAAACCAUAAUACUUACUACUGUUGCUGCAUUCACGAUGUAUUUCUCGAAAACUCCACUUCUAGUUCUCUAUGUCCGGAUCUUCGGGGUCAAGAAGUGGUUACGUAUGAUGUCCUACACUACACUCGCAUUAUCACUGAUGCUAUUCUUGACGACUACGGCUGUGGUUGGUGCAACUUGCUCUCGAAAAGUUUCAGCCAGCGAUUAUAUGCCCCCUCUCGAACAGUGUUUGGAGACAACAAUUUCUGUGGGUGUUGCCAACGGGUCGACUGCGGUUCUUACCGAUAUCAUUGUCAUCAUCCUUCCACUUCCAGCUAUUGCCGGACUCAAUCUUCCGUUCCAUAAGAAGGUCGGAAUAGCUAUCAUUUUCCUGACAGGCAUCUUUGCAACUUCUGCUAGUGCUAUCUCGCUCUAUUACAAGUCGAUGUCUUUUACAGGCCACUCAACCACACUCAUGGUAACACUGUUUUGCACGAUCAUUGAAUGCUCUUUGGCUAUUAUAGUUGGCUGCGUACCAGGGGUCCGAGCUUGUUGGUCUGCAUAUGAGAUGAGCGCCUUACAUAAAAAGGUUAAAUCGAUGUUUGCAAGAUCUAGGUCUGUUAAAUCCUCAGAGAAUUAUGGAGUAGACGAUGAAAGCUAGGCUUGAUUCUUCGAGCUUGGUAUAUCAACGUUUCGGGUUUCCCCCUUCUGCCCCUUUUAAUCAGAUGAUAAGGGAAACAAGUCUUCUAAUUUGUACGAUACUGAAUUAACUUAUACCUACCUAGACAUGAGUCAAC